UUUCCUUCUGUCUCUGCCCUUGGAAGUCUUGGAGUCGACCCAUGGAUCUAGUGUGAUACUCAGUACAUCCAAACCCUCGUAUCUUGGGUAACCAUGCCAGCGAGCCAUGUCUGGCCUGGCCCUAUUCGUCUCAUUUGCGCUUAACCUUCUUUUCCAUGCCCCCUUGAUAUAACCCGAACAGGCCCAUGAUGUUCUCCUCGCGUGCUCUUCCUGCCCUCCUCCCUCCGCCGGGUUGAUUCUUAUCAUUCCUGCUCGGAAGCCUCGAAUAUUCACUCGCUAUCUCUAGUCGCUCGCUACUGCAAAUAAUUCCCGAUUCGUCGCUCAUCCACUUUCUAAUAAUUUCCUCACCUCCCUUCAACUACGCAUUGAUAAUCACCCCACCACCCGACUUGUCAACAUGAAGACCUCGACAUUGACAUACCUGGCCCUGGCUUCUACUGCCACAUGCGAGAUCACCUGCGGCCUUGCCAGCGGCUACGACCGGGGCGAGAAGGCCUACUUCUUCAGUGGUGACGGCAGUCUUUCCAACUUCGACGCCUGCUCGUCCAAGUGCCAGUCAGACUCAAAAUGCCAAAGCUUCGCCUUCGGCAGCUCCCAAUGCCUCCUCUACGCCUCGCCACUAGACUCCAACUUCCGCGAGCAGUCUAACAGCCCGUACCUGUUCUACGACCGCAACUGCGUGGACGUCAAGGCAACCUCCAGCUUCACCACUGUCCUGCCCCCGACGACCGCGCCGGCGGCUGGCGGCGCCGCUGCAACGCCACCUGCCUCGCCCUCACCCACUCCUGGAGAUGGGGGCAGCAGCGGCGGCAGUGGAGGAGGUAACGGCGGAAGCGGCGGCGGCGGCGGCGGCGAUGGCGGCGACUCGGGAAGCGCCCCGACCGCCCAAGCCGUCUCGGCCACGGCCGCACUGCCCGGUAGUGCUGGCGCCCCAGGAGGACAGCUCGGCGCGUCGAACACUGCUUCCUCUGGCUUCUCGACUGCCACCCCAACUGGGACAUCAGGCUCGUCGGCCACCGGCACCUCAUCCUCCGGAUCCGGAUCCGGAUCGUCGGGCUCGGGAUCCGACUCAUCGCCGUCGACGGGCUCCUCAUCCUCCUCCGGAUCAUCUCAGUCAGGAUCUGCCACGUCGGCCGCUGCGGCCACGGCUGCCGAGAACUUGCGCAUGCUGGUGCUAGGAGCAGUGUGCGUCAUUGCUGUGGUUGUCUAAGUCGUGAAUGGAUGAGUGCGGUAUACUACUACUUGGGGUGGAAAAAUUGAGUCGACUCGAGAAAGACCAGCAAUGGCAAUGCGCUGUCAACGUGACGAAUUAUGCGACAUGUUACGCCUAUGAUGUUCACGCUAUUUACGAUUGACAGAGGAUGAGGCCUCUGGUUCCACACCGUCUAUCACUGUCGUCGCAUGAUGUCCCAAUCCGAUGUGGCUGGCGAAGGACCAGGGAAGAAGAUGAUGCGGAUCCAAUAGGCGGGUCGAAUCCAUUGCGGCGGGAUGUUCAUGUCAUGUCGAAGACACCCGAGCAAACAACCCGGCGCAGGAUGAGAAUGAAAAGGCCGCUCCCUACUACAUACGACAAGCCGAUUCAAGGCCGGCCAAGAGAGGUAGUACGGGUGGGGUCGGGGAUUGGGAAGAGUCCCAGGCGGUUGCAGAGAUACCAAUACCUGGGUAGCGACGAAUAAACAGCAGUGAUGAUAAUCAUCUAG